AGGCUGGCACGGUCGCGGCAGAAAGGCGCCGCGGUCCAUCCACCUCGGGGCUUUGGGGACAGGGCGGAGCGGGUGCAAGGUGUGGUAGCGGGAAUACAUGCAGUUGCGCGAUUUGUGGGGACCAGCGGAAGGGAAAAUGGGAAGCAGUUCGGAACUGGGUGGGAAUUCGACUUUCUGAGACGCUUCUGGUGAAAUCCUGUGGACAUUUCCUUGGAAGUAAGGCCCGCGAAGUUUAAUGGGAUAUACUCAAAGGUAAGCGGGUCUCAAAUGUCUUCAAGGAAUACAUCACUGGAGCACAAAGCAGGGCAGCACAGUCGUUCUGUCCAUUAUGAUAAAGUAUAUGUGGAUUCCCCUUCACCAGAAGAUACUAAUGAGAUCCUGAAUUCGGAUACUUUGCCACCACCUCUUCCACUGCAGCCACCGUUUGGGCCUGAAUUUUAUCCAAGUGACAAUGAAGAGUCAGCUGACAUCCCUGAUAUCAAGCCAGUGAGAAAAUUCAUUCCAGAUUCAUGGAAAAACUUCUUCAGAGGAAAAAGAGAUGAUCCAGAAUGGAGUAAGCCAGUAUCAGCCAUUUCAGAUGGAAUUCAAUGCUCUCCACCAUCAUCUCCAACACUUACUCCAGUGAAACCAGGCCAUACUUCAGCACCAAGCUCUUAUCAGGAUCCAUAUGGAGGAUCAGGGGGAACUUAUACUUCGCAAAAAGAAGCUGAAGCCAUUCUUCCUCCAGAUCCAUAUGGCUCUCUGGGAAGGCAUACUCAGGCUCUGACAUACAGUGAGAAAGUAGAAGCUUUUAACCUGAGAUAUUCCUACAUGAAAUCUUGGGCAGGAUUGCUUAGGAUCUUGGGUGUUGUUGAACUGCUCUUAGGUGCAGCUGUAUUUGCCUGUAUAACGGCUUAUAUUCACAAGGACAAUGAGUGGUACAACAUGUAUGGUUUUUCACAACCAUAUGGCUAUGGUGCAAGCAACAUCUAUGGCGGUUAUUAUUACAGUGGACCCAAAACUCCAUUUGUUCUUGUUGUAGCAGCACUUGUUUGGAUAGUGACUAUUAUACUUCUGGUACUUGGUAUGUCAAUGUACUACAGAACGAUUCUUCUGGAUUCCCACUGGUGGCCUUUAACUGAAUUUGGAAUCAAUGUGGCUUUGUUUAUUUUAUAUAUGUCAGCUGCUAUUGUCUAUGUCAAUGAUGCAAACAGAGGAGGACUUUGCUCCUAUCAAUUAUUUAACACACCAUUGAAUGCCGCUUUUUGCCGUAUAGAGGGCGGUCAGACAGCUGGAAUUAUUUUUUUGUUUGUAACAAUGAUUAUAUAUCUCAUUGGUGCAAUAGUUUGCCUAAAACUAUGGAGACAUGAGACUGCCCGCAGACACAGAGAAUUCAUGGAAGAGCAGAUGAAGUCACAAUCAUUUGCCCCCAAAAGAAUGUAUGAAGAUCAUGAAAAUGACACAUCCAAAAUAGCAAUAAAGAAACUGAAGGGUGGAGAAAUGAAACCUGAAGUGCUUAAUGGCCAUAUACCAGCAGGACAUAUUCCUAAACCUAUAGUGAUGCCAGAUUACUUAGCAAAAUACCCAGCAAUUCGGACAGAUGAGGAAAGAGACCGUUAUAAAGCUGUAUUUAAUGAUCAGUUUUCUGAAUAUAAAGAGUUAUCUUCUGAAGUUCACGCAGUUUUGAAGAAGUUUGAUGAGUUAGAUGCACUUAUGAGGAAGCUUCCUCAGCAUCCUGGAAAUACUCUUGAACAUGACCGAAUCGCCAAUGUUCUCCAACAGUAUAAAAAGAAAAAGAAUGAUCCCACGUUUCUAGAGAAAAAAGAGCGAUGUGAAUACCUGAAGAACAAACUUUCUCACAUAAAACAAAGGAUUCAGGAAUAUGACAAAAUUAUGAAUUGGAAUACUUAGAAUGACUUUACCAGCAAGAUUUUUUUACCAUUUAAAAAUAUUUAUUGUCAUUACUGUAUAUAUUUUUCCUGUAAAAUUAGUAACUAAAAACUAGUAUAUAUAUCUUAUCAAUUAAGGAAAAGCUUUGUGUACUGUAAGAUACUGUAAAACUUUCUAAGAAUGUAGUUGAACCAUGUGCACUGUUGAUGAUCCUAUUCUGCAAUAAUAGAUAAAAUUGGUAUCUUUUUAUUUUUUUAAUUCAAAAUAUUUGUAUUUCUGUCAUUGAGAUAUUUUCCUAAAUAUGAAUAUGUUGUAUGCAUUCAAGUAUGGCUGUUUCAGUUACAUGAAAUGCAGUCUUUCAGAGAUCCAUAUGUAUUAAAAAUUGCUUAUGUGCUAAGGUGCCACUUCACUAUUUAUGUGCAAUGACCUACAUGGAAGGACAGGGAACCAGAAUCUAGCCAUCUCCUCCUUUGGCAGACAGGAACUUGGGUUCAGGCUCUCCACAACCCAAACCAGGUAUUUGCUGAUCUCAGAGCCAGCAACACUAAUUCUCAAUUCUCUCUGGAUAGUUCCUAAUGAAAUGUUGCACAUUUUAUGUUUAGGACAAAGAUUCAUAUCCAUCGAACAUUGGAUUGAGCACUAUUUUGCAUAGGUGGUUAACAAAUAAAUCCUUUUGUUUGCCUUA